AUGAAUGCUACGCAAGCAGCACUCCAUCAGAAACUCACUCUCUUUCUCCCAAAAAAAAAGUAUAAUCUCUACUACUUAAAUUUAAGUACUAGUGAUUUUCGUGUCCCUCCCUCUGUUCCUGACAAGUGGUCUCCUUUCUCGUCCGUUCGCAUCGCGCCAGUCUACCCCGCCCGCGACCUCCGCGCUGCCACCCUCCGCCGCUCCGCGCCGCACUGGUGCGCUGCCGUCGUCGCCGCCUCCUUCUUUUCCCCGCCCUUCCGACACCGCCGCUGCCACUUCUGUUGCCCACCCGCUCCUGUAGCAGCCGCGCGUACCCCGAGGCCCCGCGCGAAUGCCAAGGUCCGGGCGAAGCUCCUGGCGGAGGCGAAGCCCAGGGACCCCUGGCUCGCCUCCCUCUCGCUGCUCCCGGCAGACGAUGGCGCCGCCGUUCGAUCCCCUCCCCUGCAACUCCUCCGCUGCCUCCAGAUCCCCCCUCGCCGCUCCACGCUCCGCUCCCACCGUCUCCCUCUCCCUCCCUCCAACACCUCCUUCAUUCCGUCAAAACCACCGGCGUUCUCCCCACCGCUGCGAUUUUUGAGCGGCGCUGGAGGUCUCCGUCCAGGUGUGGUGUCCAUGUCACUGGAGUUCAAAAUCGAGUGAGCUAACAUCGAGGAGGUCAAGUCCCCCAACAACACGAGCGUUGCUACCGUCGCCAUCAAGAACGCCGACGCGUCGGUCUACAAGAUCAUCCACGGCUACCUCAAGCAGAAGAACACCUCCAUCAUCGGAGUCGUCGCCAAUGUCGCCAUGAAAGCGGCUUCCAAUAAGUAUACUACUAGUUUAACACAACGCUCAGUAAUCAGUUUGUUUGUGCUAGAUUCAUGGGGGAAAAGAAAAAAAAUCAACCAAUUGCUUUGCGUGCUGUCCAAAUUAUCGAGGAAGAUCUCUGAUGUUUUCGACAGCUUACUUCAGCAGCAGCAGAGCAAGUGGGGAAAUAAGACUGGGCCUUUGCCCUUGGGGAUUUCAUACUGUAUUGCUUCCUGCAGCAUGAUAUUGCUAAACAAGGUUGUUCUCUCCAGCUACAAUUUCAGUGCCGGCAUAUCACUGAUGUUAUAUCAGGUAACUGUUACAUUUUAUACUCGUCAUUUCUAGAGUAAUCAUUAUAAUAGCAGUGUGGAUUUGUUUACGCGACAUUUGUUUGUUGUUCAUCGCAUAAACAUGUGUAUGCAUAUGUGAUGCAAUGUUAUUGGCAAACUGUAACCAUUGAGCUGAUCAGGGUUCAAAUUAUUGUUCAGAACCUUAUAUCUGUAGUCAUUGUUCUGGCACUUGAGUUCUUUUGUGUAAUUUCAACGGAAAAACUCAUAUGAAAGUUGAUUAAAGUUUGGAUCCCUAUGAAUCUUAUUUUCA